GUCGGCAGCGGCUGUUGACGUUCUUGAACACGCUGGGAAAGAUGUGCGUUGUAGUCUUUAUGAUAAUUACCCAACAAUCCGCAUGGAUUUAACCAUCUCCAGCCUGACUUCUGUAAGGACACACUCUCCUGCUGUGGGCACACACCACACACGUUUGUGUCUCGCUCGAUGUGGACAGGUUUUAUACAAGGGAGGACCUAAAGGCUGCUCGAGACGAGGGAGAGUACAUGUUAGCCAGCUAACAGCUGCUGUCACUGUGAAAGUGACAGUAAAACUUCCCUAACAAGUGACUUAAACGUCCUGCGAGGCUCAGAAUCGCUGUUCCUGUGACUCUGGAUCAUCACUUCGCAUAAAAGAGGAGGAAUGGCGUUGAGCGCUAACCUGUGUCGUGUGACUCUGGGGGUCGAGGGCAUGACCUGCGGCUCCUGUGUCCAGUCCAUUGAGGGCCGGAUUGGGGGUCUACAAGGUGUCAUUCAUAUACAGGUGUCUCUGGAGCUGAGUAAUGCAACUGUGACAUAUGACCACACUCGCCAUAGUCCAGAAUCCCUAGCAGAGGCCAUUGAAGACAUGGGCUUUGAGUGCAGCCUGACAAACGCCACGUCAACAGCAGUCCAAACAGAAACCAAAGUGUUCAGCACAGCUGGCUGUAGCACAGACUCUAUCCAGCAGGCACGGAGCGCGCUGGCCCAAACUAAAGGGGUGUUGGAGACGCAGGAGAGCGCUGAUCACCGAGGCCUAGCUGUCACGUCUGUCCCGUCUCUGAUCAGUGCGGAGCGGCUCGGGGACGUGAUGAGCUGCCUGGUUCCUGAUGCUCAGGAAGGGCCGAGCUCUCGCUCCUCCAGCGGAGUGGAAGCGGUGAAAAUGCGCAUUGAAGGAAUGGUUUGCCUGUCCUGCACUACAACCAUAGAGGGCAAGAUUGGGAAGUUAAAAGGCGUUGAGAAGAUUAAAGUCUCUCUCGAAUCCCAGGAGGCCGCUGUACUGUACCUGCCUUGCGUCGUCACGGUGGAUGAGAUUGUGAACCAAAUCGAGGUGGCUGGUUUCAAAGCCAUUGUUAAAUCAAAACCUCGUCAGUUAAAGCUUUCAGCUAGUGAAGUCGAGCGCCUGCUCAGCGCUCCCAAACAGGAGGAGAAGGUUUCAGAGCCGUGUAUAGACUCCAGCAUCACUACAGUGUUUCAGCUGACGGGAAUGCACUGCAAGUCUUGCGUGGUCAAUAUUCAGGACAAUAUAUCCAAGCUGCCUGGAGUGAGUUCGGUCGUCGUGUCCUUGGAGAACAGACAAGCUACGAUUCAGCACAACCCAAAACAAGCCUCAGCGGUGGAGCUACAGAAAGCCAUCGAAGCCCUUCCUCCAGGGGAUUUUAAAGCUAUCCUCCCAGCUUCCCCAGAGCCAGGCUUCCUCCAGCCACUGGUAUCAGUCGCGGAGAUCCACAUCGAGGGCAUGACCUGUGGCUCCUGUGUUCAGUCCAUCGAGGGCAUGAUCUCCCAGAAGAAAGGAGUGAGAUCGGCCCAAGUGUCACUGGCCAAUCAUCAGGGAACCUUUGAGUAUGACCCUUUAGUAACGACCCCUGAGGAGCUGAGGGCCGCCGUAGAGGACAUGGGCUUUGAUGCUUUUCUCCCUGAGACAAAUUCAUUGGUGCCUUCAGUGGUCAAAAGCCCAUCGCCUCCAACACCGUCUGUCCUGAGCUCGUCGUUAUCUCCGGUCUGGUCAGCCGUGAAAGAGGAUGAAGCAGAGAGUGAUGCUGAGCCUGCAACAAACACGAUUUCCAAAUGUUUUAUCCAGAUUGGUGGAAUGACCUGUGCCUCCUGCGUGGCCAACAUUGAGAGGAACCUCAAGAACGAGCAUGGUGUACACUCAGUUUUGGUUGCACUGAUGGCCAGUAAAGCCGAGGUUCGAUUCAGCCCGUCGAUCAUCGAUCCUCAGAGAAUAGCGGAGUUUAUCCGAGAGCUCGGCUUCACGGCUUCAGUGAUGGAGAAUUAUGACGGCUCUGAUGGGACCCUGGAGCUUGUGGUCAGAGGGAUGACAUGUGCCUCCUGUGUUCACAAAAUUGAGUCUAACCUGAUGAAGCAGAAGGGCAUCCUCUAUGCUUCAGUUGCCCUGGCAACUAAUAAAGCCCACAUCAGACAUGACCCAGAAGUGACCGGCCCGAGAGAUGUGAUCAGAUGGAUAGAGAACUUGGGAUUUACAGCCUCUCUGGUGAAGAAAGAUCGUCCUGGGAGUCACUUGGAUCACAGCCGUGAGAUCCAACAAUGGAAGAGAUCAUUUCUCAUCAGCUUGUUUUUCUGCGUGCCUGUUAUGGGCAUGAUGAUCUACAUGAUAAUCGUGGAUCACCAGAUCGACAUGUCCCACCACCACAACGCCACGGCCGAGGACAGAGAGAAGUACCACUCCACCAUGUUCCUGGAGAAACAGCUUCUGCCGGGCCUCUCCAUCAUGAACCUGAUCUCGUUUCUCUUCUGUGUCCCUGUGCAGUUUAUCGGUGGGCGGUAUUUCUACGGUCAAGCCUAUAAAGCUGUCAAGCACAGGACGGCCAAUAUGGAUGUGCUGAUUGUUCUGGCAACAACGAUUGCAUUCACAUACUCAGUGGUGAUUCUCCUGGUUGCCAUGGUGGGGAGAGCGAAAGUGAACCCCAUCACCUUUUUCGAUACUCCACCCAUGCUGUUUGUCUUCAUCUCGCUGGGCAGGUGGCUGGAGCAGAUAGCAAAGAGUAAGACCUCGGAGGCUCUGUCCAAGCUGAUGUCUUUACAGGCGACAGAGGCCACCGUUGUUACACUGAAUGAUGACAUGUCUGUGUUAAGCGAGGAGCAGGUGGAUGUGGAGCUGGUUCAGAGAGGAGAUGUUGUGAAGGUUGUGCCCGGAGGGAAGUUUCCAGUGGAUGGCAGAGUGAUUGAAGGACACUCGAUGGCAGACGAGUCUCUCAUUACAGGUGAAGCCAUGCCCGUCACUAAGAAGCUGGGGAGCACCGUGAUCGCGGGCUCCAUCAAUCAGAACGGCUCUCUGCUGAUCAAAGCCACUCACGUGGGCACAGACACCACCCUCUCUCAAAUCGUCAAACUGGUGGAGGAGGCGCAAACUUCAAAGGCUCCCAUCCAGCAGUUUGCGGAUAAGAUCAGCGGCUACUUCGUCCCGUUCAUCGUUGGGGUUUCCUUCCUGACUCUCGUAGCCUGGAUUCUGAUUGGAUUUGUGAACUUUCCGCUUGUGGAGAAGUAUUUCCCUGGUUAUGAUAAGAGCAUCUCUGAGGCAGAGGCGGUCAUCCGCUUCGCCUUCCAGGCCUCCAUCACGGUCCUCUGCAUCGCCUGCCCCUGCUCUCUGGGUCUGGCCACCCCGACUGCGGUUAUGGUGGGGACCGGUGUGGGAGCCCAGAAUGGGAUCCUCAUCAAGGGAGGAGAGCCCUUAGAGAUGGCACACAAGAUUCAGUGUGUGGUGUUUGAUAAAACCGGCACCAUCACGUACGGCGCUCCCAAAGUGGUCCAGGUGAAGAUGCUGGCGGAGGGGAACCGGAUGCCACGCUCUAAGCUGCUGGCGAUCGUCGGCACUGCUGAAAAUAACAGUGAACAUCCACUGGGUGCUGCCAUCACCAAAUAUUGCAAACAGGAGCUGGGUACGGAGUCUCUCGGCACCUGUACAGAUUUCCAGGCCGUGCCGGGUUGUGGGAUCAGGUGUCUGGUCAGUAACACAGAAAACCUGCUGAAGAAAGACGACAGCGACAGCGAGGAGAACCAGCGCAAUGCUGUCUUGAUCCAGAUCGGCGACACCAGAGCGCUCAGCGGUGACCACCCGCUCAUCAUGGACCCGCAGCCGCUCGGUGAGUGUCACAUGACCGCUUCUGCAGGAUCCCAUUGGCUGCAUACUCGAAAUGAAAUACAAAUCUGAAGAAUCGAUAUUGAUUUUUUUGCACCCUCACAUUCAAGAUUUUCUGGUUUGUUUAUUUUGAGCAUGUGUGCUGCAUCCUUCUCAGAUGAGCUUUGUGCAAUGGUGGCCAUAGCAGACACGGUGAAGCCUGAGGCUGAGCUGGCCGUCCACACUCUCACAGCAAUGGGGCUGGAGGUCGUGCUGAUGACGGGAGACAACAGCAAAACAGCCCGAGCCAUCGCUGCCCAGGUGGGCAUCAGGAAGGUGUUUGCAGAGGUCUUGCCAUCUCACAAGGUGGCGAAAGUGGAGCAGCUCCAGCUAGCGGGAAAACGCGUCGCAAUGGUGGGCGAUGGAGUGAACGACUCGCCGGCGCUGGCUAUGGCAGAUGUGGGCAUCGCUAUAGGCACGGGCACGGAUGUAGCCAUCGAGGCAGCCGACGUGGUGCUCAUCAGGAACGAUCUUCUUGAUGUUGUUGGGAGUAUCGACCUUUCUAAGAAGACAGUGAAAAGAAUCAGAAUCAACUUUGUAUUUGCACUGAUCUACAAUCUUGUGGGGAUUCCCAUUGCUGCAGGUGUGUUUAUGCCGGUGGGUUUGGUGCUGCAGCCCUGGAUGGGCUCUGCUGCGAUGGCUGCCUCCUCUGUGUCUGUAGUGCUGUCUUCCCUCCUACUCAAAUGCUACACUAAACCCAGCGCUGAGAAACUGGAGAGACGACUGGGCGAGGUGAGAAGACACGGCAGCCUGUCUGAAGUUAGCGUUCACAUCGGCAUGGGAGAGCUGCGCCGGUCCUCGCCCAAACUCAGCCUGCUCGACCGCUUCGUCAACUACAGCCGGGCCUCCAUCAACUCGCUGCGCUCCGACAAGCACUCGAUGAACAGCAUGGCCCUCAGCGAGCCCGACAAGCACUCUCUGCUGGUGGGAGACGCUCACUGCGAGGAGGAGGUGGUCUGAGCUUUACCUCAGUGCCUGUAGACGAGGGGCGUCCCAAUUCAGUCGCCCCAGGAGAGGUUUGUCACUGUGAUGCUGCAUGGAUCAGCUUACACAGCUUUGGCUGUCCGGCCGUUCGAGAGGCUCUCCGUUUACAUUACGAGUAUUCUUGCUGGCCAAUUUAAAGGGAUAGUACACCCAAAAAUGACAAACACACUCAAGUUGUACCUGUGUGAGUUUAGCCACAGUUGAGCACAAAACAAAGGUGUUUUGCAUAUGUUUGUAACCAAACUGUUGCUAAAUGCUAUGAAAAAAUACUAUGGAAAUCAAUAGGAACCAGAAACGUUUUGGUUACCAACAUUAUUCAACAUAUCUUCCUGUGUUUAGCACAUGUACAGGUUUGAAACAACUUGAGGGUGAAUAAAUAACAGGGUUUUUAUUUUUGGAUGCACUGUCCCUUUAAAAAUGACAAUCCAGGUAAGGAAAAUCAACUACAAAAUUUUUAUUUUUAUUUUUGUGAAAACAGCAAUUUAAAAGUGAUUUAUUGUGUUUUAUGAUCAUUAUUAAGUGAAUAUUUAUUACACCUUUUAUUUAUAGUAUAUACCUUGUUGUGGGACAUGAAGGAAUGUGAAGAUUUAUUUUAAAGGUGAACAAACUUUUCAUAUUUUCCUCAAGUGCUGAGAUGCAGUACAUUCCAAAGAAAGCAGCGAUCUGCUGUCUCAGAAAGAUCAGGUCGAUUGUGAUGGGGUCACACAAGUUAGUAACCAAGAAAACGCUAAACCAUUUUAAGUGUCUUUUAAGAUUCAGCAUAUUAAUUUUAUUGUUCGGCAACACUUGAGCUGCCUUUGCCACAUUUAAAUGUGUAUUAUCUCGUAACUUUAAGCUUUUAAAUGUAUUUUUUAUUUUUUUUUAUCUUCAUUUGAUUUCAAAACCGUUUCCAAAGCCGUUUGUGCAUUAAUGCCUGUAACAGAUACAUAAAUAUUCAACAUGUUGCAGCACAACCUGAAUCAGGUUACUGAAAUACAUUACUGACUAAUACAUUCUAAGCUUUUGAAAUAUUAUUU